AUGGAGAGCGUAGAUUGCGGAUGUAAAGGCAUCAGGUUCUGUGCGCUGUGCGAACAGUCAGAGAGAGUUCUGAAACUCAAAUUUGAAGAAGAUCCCUACAAGCACUACGAUUUUUUUGUAUACUCUCUAGAACAUGAUGUCGCAAUAAAAACUGAUUUACUAAACCCUAACUCUUCCACGGAGGAAAUUUGUGAAGUUUUACAUAAUGUCGUACCUGGUUCGUCUUCGGACUUGAAGCUAAAUGGCUUGUUAUUGAUAGCCGAGUUUCUUAGUGAAGAAGAAGAAGCUUCUGUUUUGAAAAUGAUUGACAAUGUUGAAUGGCAUCCCUCCCAAUCUGGACGUCGAAAGCAGGAUUAUGGCCCGAAAGUGAAUUUCAAACACAAAAAAGUCAAAACCAAUACUUUUCUAGGCAUGCCAGAGUAUGCGGAUUUUUUAUUGGAAAAAAUGGCGAAAUUUUCAAACACACGUCUCGGCAACUAUCAACCAUUCGAAAUGUGUAACUUGGAAUAUGAUGAGAGCAAGAAAAGCGCUAUUGAGAUGCAUCAAGAUGAUACAUGGAUAUGGGGGAACCGUUUGAUCAGUAUCAAUCUAGUCUCAGGAUCUGUUAUGACAUUAUGUAAUGACACUACUAAACAACUCUGCUAUGUGUACAUGCCCCACAGGUCUCUGUUAUGUAUGGCUGAUGAUAUCAGAUAUGAAUGGAAGCAUGGAGUGUUAGCUAAACACAUACAAGGAAGAAGGAUAGCUCUGACGAUGAGAGAACCAGCGCCAGAGUUUCAAGAAGGAGGAAGUUUGUACGAAAAAUAUGGUAAAGAACUUAUACGGUUAGGUAAUAUAAGAAUUCCUUUGACGAACUCUUGA